AUGAGCCUUGUUGGAUCAACAGCCAGUUCAGUGACUCUAUCCUCUCUUUUCUUAUCUUCCACAGAUCCCUAUCUUUCACUAGAAGUAGAAGAAGAAGUGUCAGAAAGUGGAAGAACUGUUCAACUUGACUGGAUUGUGGGAAUUGCGAUGAUGGCUCUCUCAUUGGCAUGUGCUAUCGCUUAUUAUGUCAUUCUAUCGACAAUUUACAAAGAUAAAGAGCUAUCUAGAAUGCCAAGUUAUCGAUUCAUGUUUUUCCUUGGAGUUUUCGAUAUUGCUCAAUGUUUUCCUCAUUUUGUCACAGGAAUCUUCACAGUCAAGCAGACUGUUUUUUAUCCUGGUUUAGCGAAGGCAAUGGGUGUAAUAGCCACUCCGUGCUACGUGGCAUAUGCAGUUCUCACUAUAUUCUUAUCUUUCAAUCGUCUGAUUCAAUUAUCUUCUCCAACAUUAGACAAGUAUUUUUUCGGGGGAAAUCGAUGGAUGAUAUGGAUAGGAAUGGCUGCAUGUUUCUGGAUAGCUUUUAUGAUUGCCUUGGCCUCUCCAUGGGCAACAAUUCGUUAUAUUCCUGAUUGGUAUUCAUGGGAUUAUGAUUAUGAACUAUCUGGUUCUAAAUAUGUUCAAAAAACCGAAAUGUUUAUUGAAGUUGGAGGAAUAUUUGUAUCCGCUUUCUUCUAUUCUCUUAUUAUUUAUCGAUUAGUGAAAACAAAAAAGAGAUUUUUGAUCUCAAAAAGUUACAAUGCGGAGAUUAAAGUAUUGAUUCAAGCAACAGUCAUUACGGUUUAUUGUACGGUUCUGAAUGUAUUAUGGCAUAAUUAUUCGUGGAUGCUCCCUCUCAAUCUCUGGAGUUAUACAGCACUCAAUUUCAUGUGGAUAUUGAAUAGUGGAGUGUACCCAAUCAUUUAUUUUAUUGUCAAUAAAGCUCUCCGUGACCGAAUCGGAGUUAAAAGAUCGACAACAGUCAUGGGAGCUGUUUCAGUAUUCCAACACAAAACUAAAAUGGAAAGGACUGGUACGAAUACUGGAAACACUAUUUUUGUUUUAGCAUAG